AUGUCCAAUCUUACUUACUCGGCCGAAAAUCAGACCACCGUGACUGUGCCCUCCGGCAACCUUUUCGAAGAAAUAUCUGGAACUGACUCGUUUGCUAAGUCGGAAGGAAUCCACGGCUUUGACGGUGUAUUCAGCGACAUAGGAGGAAGCAGAAAAUCUGUCAAUCUACCUCAUCAGGUACCCGUGCAACAAUCCUCCCCUACUCGUCUGCCGCCUGGUUCGUGUGGGGAUCCAUGCCCUCUAGAGCGCUCUGAUUCUACCCCCGGCGUACAUGCGUCAUUCCAAUCCCUUUCCGAUAUUUUGCCAUGGGGAUUCAGACCAGGGCAAGAUCCUAAAAUCACUUCAAGUAUUAAGAGGCGCAUCGAAGAAAAGCACAUUUACUCACUGGCAAAAUUGAUCUUGUCACCGAUGGAGAUACCGAGGCUUCCCAGCCUUGCAGCAGCAGAAUUCUGCACCCUCGACGACGACACUCAGAAGCCUGACUUUGAGAGGCGCACACCAUCUCCCAUCUUUUUCCCGCAACAGAAGAACCGGCGAAGCCGAGCCGGCCCUUUGCGCCUGGCAGUUGACCACAGUUCAGAAAAUCCGGAAGAGAAACGAGUAUCCAGUCCAUACUAUCUCCCUGAGCAAGAGGCGAGAUAUGUAUCACAAAAUUACACCAACGAUACAGAAGACCAAAGAAGCUCAAGCUCCAAUCAAGCGAUUGUAGAGCAUGAGGCGCUUCCCAGCCCUCAACAGAACCAUUGGAUGGAUGUGACAGACAUUCCCUAUAUUCCUAGGGAACCGUCACAUGGAGUCCAGCGAAGACCGAGGACGGGAAAGAGGAGGGAUGGUAGGGCAGAUAUCAAUCAGCCACUGGGAUUCGGCACGCAUCCAGGAUGUCGUCCGGCUCGACCGAAAUUGGCACCUGAUGACUCUGACGAGCAAUAG